AUGGCGGAGAGAGUAGUCAACGUCCUCGUUACUGGUAUCCCGGGCGAUGGCUUGCCAACUACAUAUUCUCUUCCAGUAGUUCGUUCGACUUCCUUCAGCGAACUAUGGAACAAUCUCGACGACCGCCUACCUCCUAUCCAGUCUCGCCUUAUUCUUACCACACUUGGAAACCGACAUCUUCUCCGGGAUGCUUCAAAAAAUGUUGGCGAACUCCUAUCGACAGCGGAAGCUGACUUCAUUUGCCUUCGCCUUUCCAUACCCGUCUUGGGUGGAAAGGGCGGCUUUGGCUCACAACUACGUGCUGCCGGCGGGCGUAUGUCGUCAAAACGCAAAAACAACCAAGCAGAUGACAAUGGUUCCAGCCGAAAUCUAGACGGCCGUCGGCUUCGAACCGUAACAGAAGCCAAGUCUCUCGCCGAGUACUUGGCCGUUAAACCCGAAAUGGACCGGAAAGAAAAGGAAAAGAGGCGCCAGCGAUGGGGAGACAUUAUCGAAAUGGCUGAAAAGAAGGAGAACGACAUAAGAAAUGGAGGGAAAGGGCGUCUUGAUGGCCAGUGGGUUGAGGACAAAGAAGAAGCCAGUGACCGGACCCGUGCGGCUGUUCUCUCGGCCAUGACUAGCCAUCAGUUUAUCGACAACCUGCAGCUCGGUACAUCUGCAGGAUCGAACACGUCUGUCACUUCUGGUGAUCCCAGUGUUAUCUUCAAGGAAGAAGGUGAGAGUGCAGAUGACAGCUCAAGCAGUAGUAGCCCUGAUUUGUCCGGUCGAAAGCCCAUUGUUGCCACGUCUGCGGCAACAAUACCCGCGGCAACCUCGAAAGGCAAGGAAAAGGCAAAAGUAUUUUUUGCCUUUGACGACGAAGAUGACGAGUUUUUGAGCUCUGACGAGGAUGAUUCUUUGAGCGACGGUCAACAAGGGCUAGCUAAUGCCUAA